CACACAUAUUCGCCAUUUUCAUAAACAUAAAAACAAAAUCUAAUUCUAACCAUUUCCCUUUUCUCACAGAGAGAGAGAGAGAGAGAGAGAGAGAGCAGGCUUAGGAUAGGUAGCUAAAAAGCUGAAACGACUUCUCUCGGAUCCACAUACACCAUUUCUCUCUUCCUCUCAAUCUCAAACCUGAAACGCCUUUCGCUGAACUGGAAUCGCAGGGCUGCAAUGUUCGCCAUUUGAUCCUUUGACCUCCGGUUAACUCUUUCCUAUCUCAUCCAUUACCGUGAUGGGAGCCCGUUGUUCUAAGUUCUCCUUCUGCUGGUUCCACUCUCACCUAAAAGCCUCCGUCCUCGAAUCAUCUGAUCUCGAAAAUGGGGGCAAAAACGACCGAAAUACAUGGCCGAGUUUCGGUGAGUUCAGCUUGGAGCAACUGAAAGCAGCCACGUCUGGUUUCUCCCCGGAUAACAUAGUCUCGGAGCACGGUGAAAAAGCUCCCAAUGUUGUAUAUAAAGGGAAGCUCGAUAAGGACCGUUAUAUCGCCGUUAAGCGAUUUAACAGACUCGCGUGGCCUGAUCCACGCCAAUUUCUCGAGGAGGCGAAAUCGGUGGGAAAUCUGAGAAGUGAAAGGUUGGCGAAUCUAAUUGGGUGUUGCUGCGAAGGCGAUGAGAGGUUGCUUGUUGCCGAGUUUAUGCCCAAUGAAACACUUGCCAAACAUCUUUUCCACUGGGAGAACCAGCCCAUGAAAUGGGCAAUGAGGUUAAGGGUGGCACUAUAUUUGGCACAAGCCUUGGAGUACUGUAGUAGUAAGGGAAGAGCUUUAUAUCAUGAUCUCAAUGCUUACAGGAUUUUGUUUGAUAAGGAUGGUAAUCCCAGGCUGUCUUGUUUUGGCCUUAUGAAGAAUAGUAGAGAUGGUAAAAGUUACAGUACGAACUUGGCUUUUACUCCUCCUGAAUACUUGAGAACAGGUCGAGUGACACCAGAAAGUGUUGUGUACAGCUUCGGUACCCUGUUGCUGGAUCUUAUGAGUGGCAAACAUAUCCCUCCAAGUCAUGCACUUGACUUGAUUCGUGGAAAGAAUUUUCUGAUGCUAAUGGACUCUGCUUUGGAGGGUCAUUUUUCCAAUGAUGAUGGAACUGAACUAGUGCGACUAGCUACCCGUUGUUUACAGUAUGAAGCUCGUGAGAGGCCAAAUGCAAAGUCCCUUGUCACUGCUUUGAUGUCACUUCAGAAAGAAUCAGAGGUCCCAUCUUAUGUUUUGAUGGGUAUCCCAAAUGAAGCGGCAUCUGCAACACAGCCAUUGUCAUUGACACCUUUUGGUGAGGCUUGCUUGAGAAUAGAUCUUACUGCCAUACAUGAAAUAUUAGAGAAGACCGGAUACAAGGAUGAUGAGGGGAUUGCCAAUGAGCUAUCCUUUCAAAUGUGGACCAGCCAAAUGCAGGAGACAUUGAAUUCUAAAAAGCAUGGGGAUACUGCUUUUCGAGCAAAGGAUUUUUCUACUGCCAUUGAUUGCUAUACACAAUUCAUUGAUGGCGGGACAAUGGUUUCACCAACUGUGUAUGCCAGGCGCUGCUUAUCGUACUUGAUGAAUGACAUGGCACAAGAAGCCCUCGGAGAUGCCAUGCAAGCGCAGGUUGUGUCUCCCGAGUGGCCAACUGCAUUAUAUCUUCAAGCGACCUGCCUUUUCAGUCUUGGCAUGGAAGCAGAUGCACAAGAAACACUUAAAGAUGGCACUAACUUGGAGGCGAAAAGGAACAAGAAUUAAAUAUGUAUAGGUUCUUUUGUUUUUAUAUAUAUUUCUCCUUUCCCCACAUUGCUUUGUUCAGGCUCUUGUAUUUAUUCCUCAUUUCUCAGCUUUAUCUGGUUUUCAUAUUUGAGCUCUCACCAUCAGAGUUCACACGAUCCUUGGGUAUUUGGUUUGGCUUUUAAUAUUUUAAUCUCAAGAUUCGGGUGACGCAUGUUUUACAAACCUAAAAAUCUAGAGGAUAUAUCACCUUUCCUUUUGAGGAAAGGUUGUAUCUCAUCUUUCUUGCUUCUUAGCAAACUGCCAUAGCAUUGGAAGAAGGAUUUAAUA